UGCCGGUCUGCAGCGCAGGUGUGAGGUGGCGGGCGAGUGUGCGGGCGCGCCCGGGCCGCGCGAUCGGUCCGCUGAUCAAGCGGCAAGUGGAUACGAUACAGUCGGAGCGGACGGGCCGCUGGGCAGGUGGUGUCUGCCUGUCAAGCCGGUGACGAUGCGGCGGAAGAGCUGCGGGGAAAGCCGUGUAUGGAGGCUGACGCACGCACUCCAGAUAGCUGUGAUUCUGUUGUCGGGGGUAACCCCCGGCCAAGGUCGGGUGCAGCAGGUGGCCGUGACGGGUCUGGUGGGGCGGUCCGUCCUGCUGCCCUGCCAGGUGGACGAGACGCUCUGCGGGCCCAUCCACAACAUCCAGUGGUACCGGGGUGACGGCGACACGCGCGUCUUCAUCUUCUCAGAGCUGGCCGCCGUCGAGUCGGGCGAGAACAUGCUGCAGGGCAGAGGUUUUUUCCAUUACACGAAGGGCUCGGUGACGACUCAGCUGGAGAUCCGUCCGCUGAGGGCGGACGAUGAGAGCCUCUACAAGUGUGAGCUGACAUACCUGGAGGUCAGGGAGUCAUGCGCCGUCAUUCAGUUUGUCAACCUCACCACAACGGCCGAGCCGGGCGCACUGAGGAUACUAUUGAAGGACGGCGCGGAGGUGACGGACGGCUCGCUGAUUGGUCCGUACGCCGAGGGCACAAACCUGACCCUGACCUGCGAGGCGCCCGGCGGGAAGCCUCCGGCCACCGUCACGUGGUGGAACAACACGGUCGACAUGGGCGGCGUCGCUAGUCAAGUGACGUCGCGAGCCGGCACGGGAGUGGGGAAGAACGUGCUCCGUCUUCGGCUGGGUCGGCACGACCUGGGCGCCCGGUUUGAGUGUCAAGCGACCAACGCGGCCGUCCGUACGCCGCUGCGGUCAACCGUCCACCUGGACAUGCACGUGCCGCCGGCGCUGGUGACGCUCACCACCCAGCACCAGCCGGUGGUGGCGGGCACCAGGCUGGUGCUCACGUGCACCGUACGCGGCGCCCGGCCUGCUGCUGACGUCACGUGGCAGGUGGACGGCAGAAGGCUGGCCCAACAGUUCGUUACCACGCGCCACCACAGCCAGUCGGACGGCACGACCCUGUCGGUGAGCCGGCACGCGCUGGUGGCCGAGCGGGGCGCCGACGGCAGGAGCUUCUCAUACGCGCCGGUCGUAACCGUGACACCGAACACCGUUAUCAUCAACGAGUCCAUGGACAUGGUGCUGUUCUGCUCCUUCGACGCCAACCCCUUCAACAUCAGCUCCGUAACGUGGUACCGGGACGGCCGGCGGCUGGACCUGCUGCACGCGCGGUACUCGGGCGGUACUCCGGACCAGCCGGCACUGGUCGUCAGGAACGCUUCCAGGCGAGACUCGGGCCUGUACCGGUGCGAGGUGACCAACACCGUCGGAAAGGGACUGUCCAAGAGCCAGGCAGCCGUCACCGUCGUCUUCCGUCCAGCAGUGUUGCUGACCAUCAGCCCGAGCCUCGUGCUGGAGGCGGAGCGGCAGGACGUGACGCUUCGCUGUCUGGUGGCCGACGGCGCCGAGGUGCGACUGGACCGCGUGGCCUGGUACCGAGACGACCACCUGCUACGCAAACAGCCUGCCGACAACUGCACGCUCAACGGUGUCGACGGUGGACCGGCCGGCGCCCGGGGCUCGACAGCUGACUUCUGCGGCCGGGACCCAGCCCAGCUGCGUCUGCUGCGGGUGGACCGGGCCCAGCUGGGCUCGUACCGCUGCGCCGAUCCGCCCAAGAACUCGGCUCUGGUGUACCGGCCAGCUGUCGUCCUCAAGGGCUCCCCUCUGACGCUGACCUGCGACCUGGAUGACCCCGGAUACCCCCAGGCUACCAGAUACAUCUGGAUGCGCGGCCAGCACGUGUUUACCGACAUGACGGAGAGGACGUGGAACAUCUCGUCGGUCUCCCUGCAGGACAGCACCAACUUCAGCUGCGUGGCCACCAACAGCGCCGGCAGGAGUGGUCGUAUCGAGAACGGCGCUGUGUACAGCAUCAACAGCGACCACCGAGCUCCGGACCUUCGGACCAACACUCUGCAGACGGUCACGUCCACCGUCGCCUGGAACACAACGUCCUGGCCAGAGCAGGCGUCGCAGGGAGCGGCCAACACGUCCCGCUUCAGCUGCCGCACCCCGCCGCACAAUGUCAGCGUAACUUCUCCUGUUGUGGAGGUUGUGGAAGGCGAGGCGGCCGCCGUCGUGUCCUGCUCGUCAGACGCCUUCCCGGAGGCUGCCUACACCUGGAGUCGGGACGGCGAGACGGUGCAGGCGGGCAGCGAGCUUCGCCUCGGUGACGGAGGAGGGGUGCGGCGCUCGCAGGCCGGCCACUACGUCUGCCACGCCCACAACCGGCACGGCCACGCCUCCGCCGAUCUCGACGUCCGCGUGCUCUACGCUCCGGAGUGCCGGCUGCGGCAGCGGCGCACCGAGGCCGGUUCGCUGCUGGUCUGCCAGGUGGACAGCGCGCCUGCCCAGCUGACCUUCGUCUGGGCCAGGGACAACCAGACGGUGGUGGACGGCGUGGCGACGGUCGGCGCCGUCAGCACACUGACCGCGCCGCCGCACGGCGACGGCUCCCUCGUCUCCUGCCGGGCCAGCAGCUCACUCGGGGUCGGCCCGCCAUGCACCCUGCUCGUCGCAGGCGGCGGCGACAGCUGGGCGGAGCGGAUGAGCACCGACACUCUGACACUGGCGAUCGCUGCCACCGGCUCCCUGCUCCUGCUCCUGCUCCUGAUCGGCGGUGGACUCCUGCUCCUGCGCCGCAGACGCGCCGACAAACAUGGUGUCUCCAGUCAUCCCAAGGAAAGAGAGGCCCCGGCUGGCAGCGGCGACGGCCGGGAUGGCCCGGUCGCCCGGCCCGUGCAUAAGUGGCCCGUCAGGCCGGGCGUUCAGGUGCAUGUGAGCAGCGUCCAAUCGCUGAGCAAGCUCGGAGACCUCGCAGCCAAUCACAUCGCAGCACUAGGUUCACCCGACAAAGUCUUAACUCUGAGAAGAUUUGAGAUCGAAUCUGACUGGAAGGAGGACAAAGCUGAUGGAGGAGCGGGUUCGCUGGCCGUGACGCCCCCGCCAGAAGACCGGGUCGUGUCGGAGCCGGGGCUGGGGCCGACCGGCGAGGGGGCCACCCACCGCAGCAGUCCUCCGUCGCUGGUGCAGCUCUGCGACGGCGGCACCAGUAGGCCGUCCAGCGGGCUCAGCCUGAACAACUCGUCUGGCUACGGGAGCUCGUUCUCGCGCGCGCCGCCGCUGUACGGCUCGACGCGCUCGACCAGCAGCCUGCAGCCGGCCUGGUGGCGCCCCCUGCGGCAGAUGGAUGCCGAGCCGAGCGGUGCCGGCCACUGGUGGCACUGCGACGCCGGCGCCGCGCCGCGCGAGAUGAACGUGUGA